CAAAGGCGGCAGAUUUCGAUUUCUCACAAUUUGCGGGAAAAUUCAAUUCAUCUGGGCCUUUUCCUCACUGCAGAUCAGACGUAUCAGAGUAACUCUCGCCACAUUCACAUAUCACAGUUCCCCUACUGCUUUGAAAAUUAAACUUCUAGAUCCUCUCUUUCAAGAUGAUGUCAAGCUACUCUCCACGCAAAACUAAGAACAUUAUCAAUGCAAUGGAAUCUGUAAAGAUUGGUGAUGAAAACAAGGAAAACAAGAACAAGGAUAAGGUUAUUUCCCAGACAAAGCAAGUUAAGAGAAUCCUUGGAGAUAGCCAAACACCGAAUAUUAGGAAAUCUGAUGACAGAAAUGUAAUAAAAAAGAAAAUUGAACUUAGCGAGACUAACGAGGAAGAGAUUGAUAUACAGGAUGAACCCCUUCUACGAGACAACCCAAGGCGCUUUGUAAUCCUUCCCAUCCAAUACCCAGAUAUCUGGAAAAUGUACAAGAAAGCUGAAGCCUCAUUCUGGACCGUAGAAGAAGUUGACUUGUCCAAGGACCUCGUUCAUUGGGAGUCGCUAAAGGAUGGUGAGAAGCACUUCAUCUCUCAUGUCCUGGCCUUCUUUGCAGCUAGUGACGGCAUUGUCAAUGAAAACUUGGUGGAGAGGUUUAUGCAGGAGGUUCAAGUGACAGAGGCAAGGUGUUUCUAUGGUUUCCAGAUCGCAAUUGAAAACAUUCACUCUGAGAUGUACAGUCUACUCAUUGAUACAUACAUCAAGGAUAUAAAUCAGAGGGAACAUCUCUUUAAUGCAAUUGAGACGCUACCAUGUGUCAAGAAGAAGGCUGACUGGGCCUUGAACUGGAUCAACCAUGAAAACGCCAGCUUUGCAGAGCGUAUUAUUGCAUUUGCAGCUGUAGAAGGCAUCUUCUUCUCAGGUUCUUUUGCAGCAAUAUUCUGGCUCAAAAAACGAGGACUCAUGCCCGGCCUUACUUUCUCAAAUGAACUCAUCAGCAGGGAUGAGGGCUUGCAUUGUGAUUUUGCCUGUCUGCUAUUCAAGCAUCUUAAGCAGAAACCAUCUCAAGCGCGCGUCUAUGAAAUCAUCAAGGAUGCUGUAGCCAUUGAGCAGGAGUUCCUGACAGAGGCCCUCCCCGUCUCCCUUAUUGGUAUGAAUGCCACCCUCAUGAAGAGAUAUAUUGAAUUUGUUGCUGACAGACUCCUGUUGGAACUUGGGUGCAAUAAGAUCUGGAAAUCAGAGAAUCCAUUUGAUUUCAUGGAGAACAUCUCCCUAGAAGGCAAAACAAACUUCUUUGAAAAGCGAGUUGGUGAAUAUCAAAAGAUGGGUGUGAUGAACAACCAAGCACACAAGUUCAGCCUAGAUGAGGACUUCUAAAAAUAAAUAAUAGCAAUAUCUUGUGGUUCCCAGUACUUGAAAACAAAUAUCAUCUAACAUAAUAUUCAAACUAAGCAUUUAAAUUGUUUUAUAAAACAGAAUGCCGACCGUCCCAAAGGAUUUUCUGUAUUAAUGAUAUUUUUAAUGAAAUAAUUUUUAAAGAUUCAAGUAGUAAUUCUUAAUUUUUAAUAUUAUGCUUUUUUAAAAUAAAUACUAGCUAAACAUGUAAUUUGGCAGUAAUUUUUUCUUGGAAAAACUAAAAAAGUAUUCUUUAAAAAAAAAAAGUAAAAAUAUCAUACAUACUAAACUGGUUAUACAGUACAGUACUUUAUAUUUCAUACUAUUUUUAAUAUCAACAUUUUUAUAGCAAAGGCGUAAAUAAUUAUGCUAUAAUAAUGCUGAUUUUUUUUUAUAUUCAUUCAUUUUGUAUGUUAGUAUAUAUUUAUGUAAUUACUGUAAAGUUAUCUGUACAUUUUAUGAGCAGCUGGGUGAGUUGACAAGACCAUACAUAAGUUUCAAUCAAUUAACUAACACAUUUAAAACUACUUGUAUUUACUGUAAAUAUACAUAUGUAACAUGAUCAAUAAUGCAUUUCCAAAAUGGUUAGAGGCCUGAUUUUAACUUAGUUGUCUUGUGAGUGUAGUAUGAAAAAUAAAACAAUUAUAAUAUGAUAGAA